AUGUUUUAUUUGAUUGUCUUCUUGUUCAUUGGAUCUUUAAUAGCAUUUGAUGGUGUGACUACUUGUUACUGCCCACCCAGUAACCGUAUCAAUUUACAGCUAUUGAAAAAUAUAGGAACUGCAGAACUUCAAGAUAAACUUGGUGAUUCAAGCAAGCAGAUAUGUGUUCCUUACUCUGCUACACAUACUGGAUUUAAUUUGAUUCCUGACUUUGGCAAAGCCAAGAGUGUUAAAGCUAAAACAUUCUGUGGUCCUAAAAAUAGUGAUGGAUCUAUUGACUGUACAAUAGACAGCACUGAUUUUUCAUUGGGAAAGUGCUAUCCAGAAAAACACUUUUGCAUUCAUCAGGUAGUGUGUCCAGUAACUCAUAUGGCAUCAAUUCAGUGCUCCAGUCUUGAUUUACCAAAAUCUGAUAGUGAUGGAGAGUGUCUUGAUUCAAUUUUUAUUACUAGUGGUAUUUUACGUGAAAAACAAUACUGUGGUAAAACAGAUGAUGGUUGUUUUUCUCCUUUUCAAGAAGCUGGUGGCAGUAAAAUUAGGAUUGUUUUUGCAGGUGGGCAGUGCUGUCAGAAAUGUGGUUAUCGCAUCUGGGUCAAGUGUACACCACAAUCAUGUUAUGCUAAUAAUGGAAAAAUAGCACGAACUGAAAGAGAUAUAAAGAAGCAUGAGAUUGAAGAAAGAGGUGCAGCAGGUCUACCAACUAGAUAUCCAAGGAAAGUAAUAGUACCUGCUGGUGCUGUACUGACUUACAAAAACAGAUUACUCACCGUCAAACUCACAAAAGCAACACUUCAAAAGAUAUGGACUUCUAAACUUCAAGUGAGGGAUGACAUAGCUUUUGGCCCUGGUGUACUGUUUGAGGCUAAAAGAAGUGCAAAUAGAUCAUUUGUGGGCUAUGGUGUUAUGACUAUCUAUUAUAACAAGGUUUACUACCACCAACAAGGAAUUCCUCCAAAUGAAAUACCCACUGCCCUUGAGCAAGAAUUUAUCAAUAAUGUGGUUAAAUAUCUCAAAAUUGAAGAGAAAAAUAGUAACUCUUUUGAUACAAAAGGAAACCCUGGUCCAGAAGGACCACCAGGACAAAUAGGACCAACAGGACAAAGAGGACGAAGAGGAUAACCAGCACCAACUGCACCACCAUAUGUAGAGCCGAUUGGAGUGCCAGGGCCACCGGGCUUUGAUGACUUAGCGAAAUAUUAUGCAAAUUACAGCUGCAAGCAAAUUGUCAAGUCCUGGGCCAUAAAAUAUGUGGAAAACAAUAUUAAACCAGCACCUCAAUCUGUAGGACCACAGGGAUCCCCCGGACUAUUCCUUGGAAAAUCCGGUUAACCAAGACCUGAACCACAAGUGACUUCCAGAGAAUAAAUAUCUUUCAUUAAAUUGUCCUUGUUUUUGUUUGUUUAAAAGUGU